AUGGACUUGAAGAAUUUCCCCAUGGAUAUUCAGACCUGUACCAUGCAGCUUGAAAGCUGUGAGUCUCCCUCUAUCUCCUUCUUCCUCUUUGUCUUCCUUCCUCUCCCCUUUUCACAGCUAUUAGCUUCCUCUCCCCUUUUCACAGCUAUUAGCUUCCCCUCCCCUUUUCACAGCUAUUAGCUUCCUCUCCCCUUUUCACAGCUAUUAGCUUCCUCUCCCCUUUUCACAGCUAUUAGCCUCCUCUUCCCUUUUCACAGCUAUUAGCUUCCUCUCCCCUUUUCACAGCUAUUAGCUUCCUCUCCCCUUUUCACAGCUAUUAGCUUCCCCUCCCCUUUUCACAGCUAUUAGCUUCCCCUCCCCUUUUCACAGCUAUUAGCUUCCUCUCCCCUUUUCACAGCUAUUAGCUUCCUUUCCCCUUUUCACAGCUAUUAGCUUAUAGAUGGAGCAUUUUAAGUUGUGAAAUUCUUAAGAGAUAUUAUCAUCACAAAGGAGUGACAUUGAUUUGAGGUUACAUUCAAUGCCUGAAUGUGACAGGCUAGGUUUUGAGUUGCUGCUUUUAUCAAACAUCCUCUGAUGAUGGUUACUCUUGCAAAAUUAAAGAUGGACUUUCUGACACCGGCUUGUGUAGUCACUGACUCUGCAAUAACAAAUUACAGGCUAGCUUUGACAGUGAUAUCCCGUCAGGGUAAUGAAAUGCAUGUGCGGUGUACCAAACAUGUAGGAAUCUCUUCAUAAAAAAUAUAAAUAGAGCAAAGUCAGUCGAUAAAUCCUGUGCAUAGCAUGUCCUUCCUUAUUACCUAGAUAAAAGGUAAAGAAAAAAAUAAUUCAAUUCGCUGCCCCCAGCACUGAUAGCAUCUGCCCCCCCACAAAUCCAAUUUCCAGGAUAUCAAUAAUGAAACCUUCAUUUUGUGUUCCCUUUUAUUCUAUGACCCACCCCUGGCGCCCGCCACCAGGCCAGACAAGAUAACUUAAGUCUAGUGAAUAUUCCUAUUGCUUUCCCACUCUCUGUUUCAAUUGGAAGAUUUAUACUAGUGUAGGAACUUAUUGAAGCAUAUACACUGAGUAUACCAAACAUUAGGAACACCUUCCUAAUAUUGAGUUGCACCAUCCCCCCUUUUGACCUCAGAACAGCCUCUGUAGAGUACCACAGUAUGAGUCAUAAUACCCAUAAAACCUAGCGGUCAAACAGGGAAAUGGUUCCAAUCGUUUUUCCAUUGGAACCAUUUCCCUGUUUGACUGCUAGGUUUUAUGGGUAUUAUGACACCUCCACUGUGGGGCUCUAUUCGUCAGGACAUGGACUCUACAAGGUGUCAAGCGUUCCACAGGGAUGCUGGCCCAUGUUGACUCCAAUGCUUCCUACAGUUGUAUAUAUAUAUACUGUUGGUAGAGCAUGGCGCUUGCAACGCCAGGGUUGUGGGUUCGAUUCCCACAGGGGGCCAGUAUGGAGAAUUUAAAAAAAUUAUGCACUCACUAACUGUAAGUCGCUCUGGAUAAGAGCGUCUGCUAAAUGACUAAAAUGUAAAUGUAAAAUGUCCUUUAGGUGGUGGACCAUUCUUGAUACACACAUGAAACUGUUGAGCAUGGAAAAACCCAGCAGCGUCGCAGUUCUUGACACAAACCGGUGUGCCUGGCACCUACUACCAUCUUGCCCAUUCACCCUCUGAAUGGCACACAGACAAUCCAUGUCAUAAUUGUCUCAAGGCUUAAAAAUCCUUCUUUAACCUGUCUCCUCCCCUUCAUCUACACUGAUUUUGAAGUGGAUUUAACAAGUGACACCAAUAAGGGAUCAUAGCUUUCGCCUGGAUUCACCUGGUCAGUCUAUGUCAUGGAAAGAGCAGGUGUUCUUAAUGUUUUGGAUACUCAGAGUAUACACAUUUCAAUGCCAAAUGUGAUAAAGAUUAAUACAUAUAUUUUUGGAAAUCAACAUGCAGAUGCAUGUACAGAUGUAGGAUCUUAAUUUGACCUAUAUUGUCACAGCUAAAUAAUCGUGCAGCAACAGGAUUUGAAAGUUGAGGUCAAAAUGUUGCUUGAUCGGUAGAUAGGCUAUUAGUUGGCCAAAAGUAGGCUACAUGAAAAGUGCUAUACUGUUAAUAUAACCAUGUUGGUUUUCUGUGAAUUUAUGCAAAUCAUGAAGCUCAACUGCAUUUACUGCGGUGCAGGAAAAUUCACUGCAAAAAAAAGGUGAUCAAAUUAAGAUCCUACAUCUGUUAGGUUCACUAUUCUCAGCAUUGCCCUACAGAGUAACCCUAUACCCCCCCCCCCCCCCCCCCCCCGCCCCUCUUUUUUAGUCGAUGAGUACCUGCCCCCCUAAAUGUUUCCACUCAUUGUCUGCAGUUAAACCCUCCUAAAGUGUGGAGAGCAAGUGAGGAGAGAAAUCUGCGGAGAACGCGCCAGCAGGUUUACUACCUGACAGGGCCAUUACAGGAGUCCUAAUCCUUUCUGAUUAAAUGAAGCCCUCCUCUCCAUGGCUCUAAAGGGGCAGGCCAGCUCUGUUUUGACAAGUGUUACUACACUGCCCAAGGGUGUGGUCACCUUGGCUGCCCAGGGAGGACAUGGUGAGGACACAGUUGCAGGUUUAACUGCCACGCGAUGUGCCAACUGCCAAAGCUGCCACAUUGAGGGUGAGAGCCAGGAGAGAAAAGAGAGGGGGGAGAGGGAAAGAGGGAGGGGUCUGAGGAUUCCAGGCCAGUGCUGUUUGUUAGCCGUAAUCUUGAUGCCUUGAGCUCUAGUAGAUAUAAAUAGACCUUCACAUGUUAAUGUUUGCCUUAUUCUGACAGAUCAUGUAGCUAUAUCCUACUUCAAGCAAUCUUUAAAACCAUCAUGUGUUCUCGUGACCCAAUUUGGUAUCAUUAAGCCAGUAAGUAUAUGGAUAAAGUGUACAGUGCAUUCGGAAAGUAUUCAGACCACUUAUUUUUCCACAUUUUGUUACGUUACAGCCUUAUUCUAAAAUUGAUAAAAUACAAAAAAAAUUCUCAUCAGUGAUAUAUAUUUUUAUACAUUUGCAAAAAAAUCAAAAUCACUGUGUUUUGUCAUUAUGGGGUAUUUUGUGUAGAUUGAUGAGGGGGAAAAAAUGAUUUAAUCAAUUUUAGAAUAAGGCUGUAAAGUAACAGUGGUGGUGGCGUUGUUUUCAAGCUGCUGGUAAGGAUUGGGGGGAUAAUAUCUUCAAUAACUGAUGUCUUUGUUACUCGGGCACCAGAUGGACGUCAGUAUUAUUCAGAUGUGUCAAGUAUACCACGGCAGCCUCAGUUUACUGUCCUUUGUCUGAGGCGAGGCAUUCCCAAUCAACUCCUGUAAGCUGUGCUCCCAUGGGCGCGCAAAGCAAUUACGGUUUCGUCUUGAGUGGUUACGUAUGUCCGCUUGGUCGAGUGUGAUGUAUGUUUGCUUACACAGUAACCUUGCCAAACUGACCGGCUUUGCGGGUCUUCAGCGGCGCAAACACGUGUAAGCGAAUGCAAGGGCAACCCUGCAUCCAUUAAGCCAUCAGCUCUCGCUGUCGGGGAGGCAUGCACCUCACGUUCACCCUUCGCAUUCAACCUUCAAGCAACCGGUCUGCCACUUUGGAAGCUGUGGCGUAUGACCUUUUAUCAUGACAAACAGGCGGGGAGGGAGAUGUGAACGGAAUGGCAGCUGGACUGAGGGACGUCACACUGUAUACCCCACACCUCUCUCUCCCUCUACCACCCUCUCUCCAUUUACACCUCGGUCUAUCUCGGUCCAACCCUCCAUCUCUCCCUUUCUCAACUCUCUCCCUCUCUCCAUAUGUCUAUAUCGUUUAGGCUUGGGCGGUAUACCGUAUACCAGGGUAUUUGGAAAUGGCCACGGGAUGGUUUUUCAAUACUGUCAAUACCAUUUGAAACUUUCUUUGAAGUUUUCCAAUACAUUUUUAUAUUUGUAGCUACUUUUUAAGUAAAUACCUGCAAUCAACUUGUGCAGUAUGUUAGGAGAUAAAGCCGGUUCUUCAGUUAACCCUUCACAUUAUUUUACAUUAUGAAGCUUAUAGUUCCCCAGAACAUUUGAGCCAGUCACGUGUAAAUAGCACAAAGGGUGAAAGCCGGAGCAGGUGAGUCCAGCUGUGUAUUGACGGGUCGUGUUUCAUAUUAAAAGUCAAGUGUUUUUUUGCUUCAAUAGAGUGAUCAGGGACGUGCAACUAUAGUUUUCCUUCACAGAAAAUAGCUUCAUUUUCAUGAACAGAAGUGGAACACUAUUUGGCUGGCAGCCUCACAAGUAAACAAGUUUUUUGCAAAAACAAUGCAUGGCCAUCAUAUUUCUAAUGUUUAUCAUAGAAAGAAUGUAGCCUACAUUCUUAAUGUUUUGCUUAAAGUUAAUCUGGGUAGGUUGGCUAUACCAAGAAAAGUACAGGAGAAAAAAGCUACACAUCAGUCAGAGUGCUGUCUGCAGAUAGAAUGCCAGUUCGUGAAUUCUCAUCUGAGUGGAGAGGUGCAACUGAAGCACAAAAUGUGUGUGAUGCCCAGCAGAAAUUACAAAAAUAAGCAUUUUAGAUCUGCGUUUACAAAAUGCAGCAUGAGAUUUCUUACCCGUAUUAUCUUUAUUUCCUGCGGGAAAAAUUAAGAAUUCUGCGUUAAUGCGACCCCUAAGUUUAACUUCCCUUACGAAAAAAGAUUGCAGUAUAACCGAGGUACAAUGCAGUAUAACUGCAGUUAAAUUGCAGUCUAACUGCAGUAUGCUGCAAAUACUGCUUUUUAAAAAACGUUUUUUUUACUGCAGUAAUUUUGCAGUACACUGCAGUUAUUCUGCAAUUACCACAUCCAAAAUACCACAGUCGACUGCAGUUACUGCACUUUUACUGCAGCUUAAAAAACAGUUUUUUUUUUUUACGGUUUGCUAUUUAUCUAAGUAAGUUACUGAAUUAAUAAGGUGACUUAGCUUUCUGCCAUGUUUGAGAAGUCAAAACCCUUUGGAUGAGUUACCUGUACAGCUGCCACUGCUAUCCAUUGUACUCCUCCGUUCUCGGCCUGUCUGCUCCUCCUGGUCUGCUCUUCUCCGAGCAGAGCAGGCAGGCCCAUUGCUCUAGCUACUCCAGACAGACAUAGCGUGGACACAUGCUGCUUCAGAGCAGACAAGCAUGCAUCAAAACUUUGUUCAUUUGUGCAAUGUCUCUCAUUCACAUUCGCUUGUAAAUGUCCAAACUCACCAAAAAUGACAUUCGGUAGCUCCUACAUAUAUUUAUAACUUUAUGAGCUGGAUUGUCUGUCUUUGCAAUUUGUUUAUUAUCGUUUGUGCUUGUUAGCAUAUUUAGCUAGCAGCCUCAAUGAAAAAUCGCUAUUACUUGUGCUACUUUUGUUAGCAUUCUGGUAACAGAUGCCCCCUUGUGUACUAAGCAGGUAAUACCGUAAAUCCCGGAAUGAGAGAAGGACGAUAUGAACAUCUGGAAACCGCCCAACCCUAAUAUCUUUCCCUUUGCACCUCUGUCUCCAUUUCUCAUAAUCUCUCCCACCCCUCCUCCCCUCACUCUCUCGCUCUCUGUAGUUGGGUAUACCAUGAAUGAUCUGAUCUUCGAGUGGUUGGCCGAGAACCCGGUGCAGGUGGCUGAUGAUCUGACGCUCCCACAGUUCGUGCUGAAAGAUGAGCAGGAUCUGGGCUACUGCACCAAGCACUACAACACAGGUGGGACCUUGGUGGAACUUCACUUCAAUUGUUCUUCUGAUAGAAACAGAAAUUACAGUAUAGAGGUUUGGGGAUUGAAUCCAAGUUUAAGAAAAGAGUUCAGAGCAUAAAGACGGUGCUUUUUGCUCACUUAGUUUACAUGAGAAAAAAUAUAUAAUUAAGUCCCGAAUGGAGUAGCAACAACUUCCUUCUCAAUAUAGACCAGUGGCAACUUUUCUAACCUACACAAUUCUUCUGAAUAUGCCAAAAAGACUGACACAAAUACUUACCAUUGCUAUUGUCUCUGGUGGCAGGUAAAUUCACCUGCAUCGAGGUUAAGUUCCACCUGGAGAGACAGAUGGGCUAUUACCUGAUCCAGAUGUACAUCCCCAGCCUGCUCAUUGUCAUCCUGUCCUGGGUCUCCUUCUGGAUCAACAUGGAUGCUGCCCCGGCUAGAGUGGGCCUGGGCAUCACAACCGUGCUCACUAUGACCACCCAGAGCUCCGGAUCCCGGGCCUCUCUACCCAAGGUGAGCAGAGAUAAGGGUCUACCAACAUCAGGGAUAGUGUUAAAAAGUAAGACAAGUAAGCGGGAUGAUGGAUGGCGAGUAUAGUAAGUGCUAGCAAUGCUAAGGCGCGUAAACACUAUUCACCAGAUGCGUCACUGUCAACGCAGAGCUUGUAGGAACCGCUAACAUUGGUGGGUAUGUAUCAGAAUCUUUCAAAUUGUUUCAGUCCAAUCAGAUGACUCCUCUCCCAAUGCUGAUUGGCUCUUUCAGAUGUCACUUUAGUAGGCUGGCUCAAAGUAGACCGUGCCAAUUUUCGAAGUAUGAAGCUAAGCUCGAUCUGAUGUUACACCUGGUUAUCGUCACCUGCCAGAUCAACGGAACGCAAUGUAAUGGUCCAGUUCAUAACCAAUACUUCCAGCAUCUGCAAUGCUUGCCAUGACACACAUGUGGAUGUACAGUGAGGGGAAAAAGUAUUUGAUCCCCUGCUGAUUUUGUACGUUUGCCCACUGACAAAGACAUGAUCAGUCUAUAAUUUUAAUGGUAGGUUUAUUUGAACAGUGAGAGACAGAAUAACAACAAAAAAAUCCAGAAAAACGCAUGUCCAAAAUGUUAUAAAUUGAUUUGCAUUUUAAUGAGGGAAAUAAGUAUUUGACCCCUCUGCAAAACAUGACUUAGUACUUGGUGGCAAAACCCUUGUUGGCAAUCACAGAGGUCAGACGUUUCUUGUAGUUGGUCACCAGGUUUGCACACAUCUCAGGAGCGAUUUUGUUCCACUCCUCUUUGCAGAUCUUCUCCAAGUCAUUAAGGUUUCGAGGCUGACGUUUGGCAACUCGAACCUUCAGCUCCCUCCACAGAUUUUCCAUGGGAUUAAGGUCUGGAGACUGGCUAGGCCCCUCCAGGACCUUAAUGUGCUUCUUCUUGAGCCACUCCUUUGUUGCCUUGGCCGUGUGUUUUGGGUCAUUGUCAUGCUGGAAUACCCAUCCACGACCCAUUUUCAAUGCCCUGGCUGAGGGAAGGAGGUUCUAAACCCAAGAUUUGACGGUACAUGGCCCCGUCCAUCGUCCCUUUGAUGCGGUGAAGUUGUCCUGUCCCCUUAGCAGAAAAAUACCCCCAAAGCAUAAUGUUUCCACCUCCAUGUUUGACAGUGGGGAUGGUGUUCUUGGGGUCAUAGGCAGCAUUCCUCCUCCUCCAAACACGGCGAGUUGAGUUGAUGCCAAAGAGCUCGAUUUUGGUCUCAUCUGACCACAACACUUUCACCCAGUUCUCCUCUGAAUCAUUCAGAUGUUCAUUGGCAAACUUCAGACGGCCCUGUAUAUGUGCUUUCUUGAGCAGGGGGACCUUGCGGGCGCUGCAGGAUUUCAGUCCUUCACGGCGUAGUGUGUUACCAAUUGUUUUCUUGGUGACUAUGGUCCCAGCUGCCUUGAGAUCAUUGACAAGAUCCUCCCGUGUAGCUCUGGUCUGAUUCCUCACCGUUCUCAUGAUCAUUGCAACUCCACGAGGUGAGAUCUUGCAUGGAGCCCCAGGCCGAGGGAGAUUGACAGUUAUUUUGUGUUUCUUCCAUUUGCGAAUAAUCGCACCAACUGUUGUCACCUUCUCACCAAGCUGCUUGGCGAUGGUCUUGUAGCCCAUUCCAGCCUUGUGUAGGUCUACAAUCUUGUCCCUGACAUCCUUGGAGAGCUCUUUGGUCUUGGCCAUGGUGGAGAGUUUGGAAUCUGAUUGAUUGAUUGCUUCUGUGGACAGGUGUCUUUUAUACAGGUAACAAGCUGAGAUUAGGAGCACUCCCUUUAAGAGUGUGCUCCUAAUCUCAGCUCGUUACCUGUAUAAAAGACACCUGGGAGCCAGAAAUCUUUCUGAUUGAGAGGGGGUCAAAUACUUAUUUCCCUCAUUAAAAUGCAAAUCAAUUUAUAACAUUUUUACAUGCGUUUUUCUGGAUUUUUUUGUUGUUAUUCUGUCUCUCACUGUUCAAAUAAACCUACCAUUAAAAUUAUAGACUGAUCAUUUCUUUGUCAGUGGGCAAACGUACAAAAUCAGCAGGGGAUCAAAUACUUUUUUCCUCACUGUACCUUAACUGGAUAAGUAGCUGCUGCCUCUUGCUAGGCCUCUAGAUUCGUUAGACUGGAUAAGCAAAUAUCACAAUAGCUAGGCCAUGUCUAGACAUGUAGCUGGCAAACUAUUACUAUGGAAUUUCAAAUUUGAGUUUGACCUGUUUUGACCUUGGUGUGUUCCUGAAUAGAGCGGAGUUGACUUUCCCUGGGUUUUACUGUGACCUCUCAUGGAUGAUGUGUCUGCCUGUAUCUUAUUGACUCCCAUUGGAAUUCUGAGCCAAUCUGAGUAUAUGGCUCCAUAGUCUGCCUGGUUGAGGGAUGGGCUGAAAGUUCUUGCGCCACACCCCCGUCAUUAUGUACACCAACAUCUCCAUUGAUUGGCUAUUGAUGACCCGGUGACCUUGUGUGCCCCUUGCCUGCGUCUCCAGGUGUCCUACGUGAAGGCCAUUGACAUCUGGAUGGCUGUGUGCUUGCUGUUCGUGUUCGCCGCGCUGCUCGAGUACGCAGCAGUCAACUUUGUCUCACGGCAACACAAGGAGUUCAUCAGACUGAGGAAGAAGCAGCGGCGGCAGAGAAUAGUAAGUGUAAACCACCACGCACCAACCUGUCAUCUCCUAUCACACUGACUUACGCCCCAUGUUAUUGUGCGCCACUGUUUAUUCAGAAACUGACAACGGCAACACGCUACAGCUGGCCGUCACAUUACACAAGAAAGAUCAGCUUGUUUCAGACUCAGCUCAUUCCCAUGGUGAGCACUGACCUGCACAGAGGUCUGUGUGCUCCCGGCUCCCGCCAGCACCCCAUUCCCCUGCUGUGUUAACAGGCUGUUCUCCAGCCUCACAUCACUGGAACUCUGGGAAAGUAAUACAGGGGGUUUUAAAGGCUGAACAAUAGCUUAGGAGUUAAAUUGCUGAUCUGAAGUAUUACUUUCCAGCCAAACAACCAAUCCACCAUGUACCCACUUGUAGAGGGUGGAGAGCGGUAGUGCUACUGAGAGCAUAUGAUCAAAUAGGAGACCCUUUAGCGAAACGGAAUUCAAUCUCAAGAGCAGAGACAACAGAGUCCGAAGGAAUCACAUUCAACUGUGCUCCAAAAUGGCUGGGCUGCUUUCCCAGACUUGUAGUAAAGCUUCCACUGUCCAGGGCAGACAAAUCCCACAGAUUUAGUAGACCGUCUACUGGACCCAAAUCAAUAACAGGAGAGAAAAUGAUUGUCCAUGAGAGCAAGAAGUAACUCCUCCCAUAGACGCGGGAAGAUUUUUUUGUCCACGCUACAGACGGCUAUAUCGGUCCGCUAACACAGGACUAGUAAAGGGCCAGUGCACUAUUUUUGUGUGGAAAUAUUAAUAUUGUUUUUUAAUUCUGAUUUUUCAGGGGGUGCUGCAGCACCAUCGGCACCCCUACUUCCCGCGGCUAUGAUUCCUCCUCUCCACAUCAGUUGGGCAAUUACUCCCAUCGAGAAAUGUAUCGAGAAUUAUCCAUAGGGUGGUAUUGACGCAAGGCCUUGGGCUGAUGGAGCACACCUAGCUACCGCCACUGACUGACCAGGGUUAAUCAAUAGCUACUGUACCUCCAUGCUUGGCUUUGAAAAACCAGAGAGAGCAGUCAGACCCUAAGCCCCAUGUACCCAUGGACCUCUACUGUAUACACUACAGCUUACGUCAUACAGGAAAUAAAAUGUGUGUUAUAUUGUAGGGUUUUUGCUGAGCCAAAAAUUGUAGGUUGUUUGCAGAGCCAACAAUUGUAGGGUGUUUGCAGAGCCUACUCUAGUUCCUUAAGGAUAUUUUUCUCAGCCUCCUGAGCCACAGUAAUUCCCUUGGUAACAGCUAUGGAAGAUGUAUCGUACGUUCAACGUUUUCCUUUUUUUUCCUGACCUAAAGGCUAAAUAGCAUAGCUUGUUUUCCGUUUAGUUCUGCACCACGUUUGAUACAUUUUAUGUCCACAUCUUUUAUCACUCAUUUUGGCUCAAAGCUAGUGCUUUAGCUGAAUUUGGAAUGAAGCAGAGAAAAUGUCCUGCACUCAGCAAAAAGCAGAUGAGCAUUUCUGAGGAAUUACGUUUUGGAGGAACGAAGCGAAUAAUUAUCUAGAAUCUUGUAAUAUCAUAAAAGCUGAGCAAAUAAGUACACAAUCCAAUGUGCAACUGGUUUCUGACUGGUAUUAAAAGAGAGAAUAGCAUGGUUUAUGACUGGUAUUAAGAGAGAAUAGGAUGGUUUCAAAUGGUAUUAUUCCAAUCUGUGUACUUGCUCCUUUCCCUACGGAGGCCCUGGCCUUGGCCAAUCAACCGGGGAGUGUAGAGUCACUGAGGAAAGUGAACGACCUGCCUGGCAACAACACUACCAGCACCAGCUACCAAGGGAACUUGAAUCAGCACUGCAGCGCCUGUGCCAGGGUAAAACCGACCCCUGUGUCACCUCUGACCCCAAACCGAAUGUCUUCCGCCACUUCUGAUCCCCAGACAGAAUGUGUUCUGCCCCACCAUGUGUCGAGUAUUUGAUCCCUUGCUGAUUUUGUACGUUUGCCCACUGACAAAUAAAUGAUCAGUCUAUAAUUUUAAUGGUAGGUUUAUUUGAACAGUGAGAGACAGAAUAACAACAAAAAAAUCCAGAAAAACGCAUGUCAAAAAUGUUAUAAAUUGAUUUGCAUUUUAAUGAGGGAAAUAAAUAUUUGACCCCCUCUCAAUCAGAAAGAUUUCUGGCUCCCAGGUGUCUUUUAUACAGGUAACGAGCUGAGAUUAGGAGCACUCCCUUUAAGAGUGUGCUCCUAAUCUCAGCUUGUUACCUGUAUAAAAGACACCUGUCCACAGAAGCAAUCAAUCAAUCAGAUUCCAAACUCUCCACCAUGGCCAAGACCAAAGAGCUCUCCAAGGAUGUCAGGGACAAGAUUGUAGACCUACACAAGGCUGGAAUGGGCUACAAGACCAUCGCCAAGCAGCUUGGUGAGAAGGUGACAACAGUUGGUGCGAUUAUUCGCAAAUGGAAGAAACACAAAAUAACUGUCAAUCUCCCUCGGCCUGGGGCUCCAUGCAAGAUCUCACCUCGUGGAGUUGCAAUGAUCAUGAGAACGGUGAGGAAUCAGCCCAGAACUACACAGGAGGAUCUUGUCAAUGAUCUCAAGGCAGCUGGGACCAUAGUCACCAAGAAAACAAUUGGUAACACACUAUGCCGUGAAGGACUGAAAUCCUGCAGCGCCCGCAAGGUCCCCCUGCUCAAGAAAGCACAUAUACAGGCCCGUCUGAAGUUUGCCAAUGAACAUAUGAAUGAUUCAGAGGAGAACUGGGUGAAAGUGUUGUGGUCAGAUGAGACCAAAAUUGAGCUCUUUGGCAUCAACUCAACUCGCCAUAUUUGUAGGAGGAGGAAUGCUGCCUAUGACCCCAAGAACACCAUCCCCACCGUCAAACAUGGAGGUGGAAACAUUAUGCUUUGGGGGUGUUUUUCUGCUAAGUGGACAGGACAACUUCACCGCAUCAAAGGGACGAUGGACGGGGCCAUGUACCGUCAAAUCUUGGGUGAGAACCUCCUUCCCUCAGCCAGGGCAUUGAAAAUGGGUCGUGGAUGGGUAUUCCAGCAUGACAAUGACCCAAAACACACGACCAAGGCAACAAAGGAGUGGAUCAAGAAGAAGCACAUUAAGGUCCUGGAGUGGCCUCUGUGAUUGCCAACAAGGGUUUUGCCACCAAGUACUAAGUAAUGUUUUGCAGAGGGGUCAAAUACUUAUUUCCCUCAUUAAAAUGCAAAUCAAUUUAUAACAUUUUGGACAUGCGUUUUUCUGGAUUUUUUUGUUGUUAUUCUGUCUCUCACUGUUCAAAUAAACCAACCAUUAAAAUUAUAGACUGAUCAUGUCUUUGUCUGUGGGCAAACGUACAAAAUCAGCAGGGGAUCAAAUACUUUUUUCCCUCACUGUACUUGCUGCUUUGCUUUGGCUCUGCCUCCCAAGUCAAAGUCGAUAAUGUAAAACAUUGGUGUGAAUUGCCCUGGCCAAUUUCUGGUCCUUGUCCGCCCCUGCCCUGCAGAGUCAGGACACUGCAGAGUCAGGACACUGCAUGGUGUUGAUCACAGUGGUGAGAACGGCACUCCUCUCCAACAAAUCACAAAGUGUGUACCGAAGCUACCUGACUGGGGCCAUGAGCACAGGCCAACAAGGAUUAGUACCUAUUAUCUUUAGUGAAACGCAUCAUUAGACCUCAGCACAUGACAUACUGUAGUUUAGGUGGAGGUAGAAGAGAUAAUUAAGUGCAAGAAGAACUCCUCAUCCUUCUGUUGUAAGGUGUAAUUUGUCACAGUGCAACAGAUAAACGGUUAGUUUCUACCAAGUUCACUUACAGCCAAGGAACAAGGCAGGCAAGUCGGAGAGGGAAGCCAAUGCUCAUUAUUGAAGAAAGGAACUUGGCGGAGCUGAAGUUGGGCUAUAAAUGGGGACAUAUUGCCAACUGCCCUUCACUAAGGGCAUUUCAAGGGUCAGGGAGAGAGACACUUGGGGGGGGGGGGGGGGGGGGUCAAUCAAUUCACUCACUGCUUUCACGCUGACUACUAAUCACCCAAUUUAGAUCCUACAUCUCCACUUUCCCCCUGCCAAAUGGCAUCUCUCAAGGUGUCAAAGGACUGUCAGUGUUAAGCUACAUGUCUAUUAAUAUUCUCCACAAAGAGAGGGAACAGGGCAUCUCGCUCUGCGUGGAAAGGGUGCCAUCCAUCACAUGGUAAUGCCCAUUGUGAGUUUUUUGUCAGACACUGACUUUUCACUCAGGCACCUUGAGAGGUCCAUUAUUUCAGAAGUUUAGGGAAAAAAAGUGUCCUUAGCCUACAAAGAUAAAUGGAGGUAAAUUUUUUUACACUGAUAAUUAAAAUUUCACUUUUGCUCUAAUGAUGCUGUUCCUCUCCCGCUAUCCUCCCUCUCUGUAGAGAGACUCCAGAAAGGCAGAUGAUUGAACAAAAUUGAUCUUAGGCCGCUGGCUUGAUUAAACACCAUCUCUCAUAAAUCAUUCAUCACACGAGGCAAAAGUACAAUACUGUAGACUGGAAAUACGUCUCCCUUUAAAUUAUAUUUUCAGGCAUGCUUGUUUUAAUUAUUUUUGUCGAGUAUGUUGUGCCCUCACCCUGUAGCCCUUUUGCUACGUUACACCCCAAAUGCCUGUGUCUGAGAAUUAUCCACUGGGAAGAAAUAUGAGCUAAUGCCAGUUGACAGUGAGAAGCCAAUCUGUGUUUUACUUUUGCUUCCCCAGGAAGAGGAACUGGCGAGAGACAGCCGUGGGUUUUACUUCCGUGGCUAUGGACUGGGUCACUGCCUACAGACCAAGGACGGAACAACUGUGGAGGGGGCUACGGUCUUCACCCCGCCGCCACCGCCGGUGUCCACUGUUUACGAUGGCGAAGCGGUCCGCAAGUGCUUCGUGGACCGGGCCAAGCGCAUCGACACGAUAUCCAGGGCCGUCUUCCCUCUGAGCUUCCUCUUCUUCAACAUUUUCUACUGGAUCACCUACAAAGUGCUGCGACACGAAGACAUCCACGCAAACUUGUAG